AUGAAUAACAAGAACAUCCAGCAGAAUAUUAAAGAGAAACUGAACAAUAAUGAUCUGAUUAUAACCAAAGCAGAUAAAAAUGCUGGCCUAGUGAUCCUAAAUAAGAACUUAUACAUAGAACAAACCUUAAGAUUCUUCGAAGAUAAUAACAUCAAAGAAUUAAAAAACAACCCAAUGUUGAGCUAUAAUGGAAAACUCACUCCUACUUUGAAAAAUUGCCUGCCUACUCUACAGAAAUUACUGGCCACUAUCAAUAAACACACCAUUAAAGAAAAGAAUCCACGAAUACCUGUUCUAUACUCCAUGAUUAAACUUCAUAAACCAGAUAAGAAAAACUACUUCCAGCUAGAAGAAGAAGAUGUCGAAAAUAUAAUAUCCCUAAUAAAAUUAAUAACUAAACAAAACUUUUUCGCAUUUUGGGACAAACUCUACAUCAUGGCUAACGGACUACCAAUGGGUUCUUCACUUAGCGGCGUUCUCGCAGAUAUCUACAUGGACUUCAUAGAAAAACAAAUUAUGAUUAUACCCCUGAGUGAAUUUAUCGUAUUCUGGAGAAGGUAUGUGGAUGAUGUUUUUUGUAUUUGGUCCGGCAACGAAAAAGACCUAGAUUCAUUCUUAGAAAUUUUGAAUAGUCAGUUUAAUGUAAAAUUCACUUUAGAAAAAGCCAUUGACAACACCAUUAAUUUCUUGGACUUGAGAAUUCAACUCAAACUAGAUGAAACUUACAACUUCGAGUUUGAUAUUUACAGAAAACCGACAAGCACUGACGUUAUAUUAUUCCUUAUGACUCUCAUCAUCCUCCACAUAUAA